UUGUUACACUUAAAUGUGCUCACAAGUUUCAUCUCGACUGUAUCGGCUCAGCAUAUAAUGCAAAGGGCUUCAUGGAAUGUCCAAACUGUAGGAAUAUAGAACCAGGUGAAUGGCAGUUUGCAGACGGCACCCAUUUCAAUGCCGAUAAUAUGAUUGCUAAUGACGAUGAACAAGAAGAAGACAAUGAUCCUGGAUGCUUCUCUCAAUUGAUUGUAAAAUCGGAGGUGUGCCCUUUUGGAUGCUUAGGUCAACGAUAUCCCUUUGAUCGUCUACAAUGUCUUUAUGUAGAGUGUUCUUUCUACAUUACUGAGUACUUUACUCGUGAUGUCUCUGAGAGUUCAUAUUCAAGUAGCCAAGAGGACACAAACACUGAAGAAGUCCCUAAUCCUAUUGGUUCACCUGUGAUACCACCAUUCACUUAUCGCAGCCCAUAUCCGUUGUUUCCGCAUAUUCACGUACCAUCUAACAGAAAUAUUUUCUGGAGUUUCUUACGCCCAGGGGUGAUGAGAGCUAGACACUACCUUUCCCAUCCAUUUUUCAACCAUAGUCUCUUAGGAAGAUCCGGCAUCUCAAUGGUUAAUGCACCAAUGGCUUUGUCAUAUGCAAGCAGCAGCACAACGCAACUUAACCCAUCUAACGUAUGGGAGAGUACUCAGCCUUUCUUGUCGUUGAGGCAUCAUUGCAUGGUCGAACAUGAAUUAUACCGCAUGAUUUAUGGUGACCGAAACGAAAUGGGAGAAGUAAGCGGCAACCAUGGAGGCAGCAGAAGAAAUAGAAACAAUGGUGACGGAGGAAGCGGCAACUUUGGUGGAAAUGGCAACGGCAAUGUGAUAAGUGGCUGAAGCUAAAGUGGUUGUGGUAGCUUAUGUGGCUAUAAGCCAUAAUAAGUAUCUUUAUCAUUUUCUUUCUAUUCUCAUGAAACUUUAGUUUAAUUAAAUAAGUGAACUUUGUUUUUUUUUUUUAAAUCUCAGAAACCUUGAACUAUUUAUCAAUUUAUAUUGGUUAUUUUCU